UAAAAAAUGUGUUUUUUCUUGUUUUCCGAAAACGUUCAAAAAUGACUUUGGUAAAUAUGCUAUUAGGCUAACGAUAUGUAGUUGUAGUAGUAGUAAUAGUAGUAAUAGUAGUAAUAAUCCGCGACACAGGGCUUCGGAAACAUGUCAAAAGAAAAUCAAGCGGGUCUCCUGCUCAGUUGUCGAGUCUAUCCCACAUUAUGUUUCAUCAAAACACGGUGUUCUCCCGAGGAACACAACAAGCUCUUCUGUCAAUCAGCAUGACGCGGACGAACCACUGGGCUGAGGAUGAUCGAGCCUAUAUAAAGACGACUGACAUCAGCCCCCUCGCCAAACACAAGCUUUCGCAGGCCUAUAAAACGCCAGAUUGCCGAUUCAGCCCACUCAGCAACUGAGCGGAAUACAACAUGGACAUGGGUGCCAUAUCCAGCGGCGCACCGACCACCUCCAUCCCUGUUACGCACCAGCUCAAAUGUGCCGGCACAGACGGUCCCCAGUUUCACGGUAACGCGGAUGGACAGUGCGCCGGUUCCUCCAAAGUUCUACUGGCUUACAAAAACGCCUCGCAGCACCUGAAUUCGUCGGGAAUUAAAGCGGGAUUGGGGAUACUUAAAGCGGCCACAUCUCAGUGGAAACAGGAAAAGAAGACGCGUUCAGGGGCAGCUGUAAGGCAACUGUCCACUUCCAACAGCAGUCAUCCUUGCAAGAGAACCCCACUGGAUCAGCUGGCCGCUCUGGUACUCCACGGCCAAACCCGGCAGCGCGACAAUGGACAAGGGCACCGGCAAGACCCCGUUUACUCCACAAAGCCUCAGAACUGUAAGCGAGUUGUGGUUCUUGGCGCGCCACGGGUUGGCAAGACCUCCAUCUUAAGAAGAUACCUUCUGGACGGAUUUGUGGAUGAGUACAACCCCACCUCUGAGGAUUUCCUCAGGAAGCUGUUUCGCAUUCGCGGGGAGACCUACCAAAUUGACAUCCUGGAUGCGUCGAGGGAAAGGGACUUCCCGGCAAAACGGCGUCUGUCUAUCCUCACUGGAGACAUUUUUCUUCUUGUAUUCAGCCUGGAUAACCGGAGCUCAUUCGAAGAGGUGUGCGCCCUGCGGACGGAGAUCCUGGCUGCUAAAUCCAAGCUCACCAGAUCCUCUGUGACACAGCAUGGCGCACAGCCACGCGUUCCCCUGGUCGUCUGCGCAAACAAGGUGGAUCUCCUCGAAUCAGAGAGAGACAUCUCUCGGGAAGAGGUGCUCCGAGCCCUCGGCGACGACUGCGCCUAUUUCGAAACGUCUGCAAAAGACAGCACUAACCUUGAAAAAGUAUUUGAGACAUUGGCGAGGCGGGGUGGGCUUCCAACGGAAACCGGGCCGUCUCAACACCGCAAAGUCUCCCUCCGCUCGUACCAGGCGAUGCGGACUGGCCGUGCGGCGGGAAGGGAGAGUCAGAUGCCGGGGCGAGAUGAUCCUUAUGGCACCUUGUACCCACUUGCCCGUCGGCCGAGUUUUACCACUGAUCUGCGUCAAGUCACUGGGCCACACAAGGCAGGGAAGCCCGGCAAAGGACUGGAGAAAUGUCAUAUUCAGUGAGGGACAGACACCCUAUGAGAGAUCAUGUUACAGAGCGAAUAAAACAACGCACGACAUUGUUAAAGAAGGUGUUAUUGUACAUAUAUUUUAGAUGAUUUUCAAAUAAAAUCUUUUUCACAA